UGUUAAGAAAUUCAUGAAAAAUGUCGAAAUAUUCGUAAUGGUCGGGCUUGGAGUUCUGUCUUCCUGAAGAGGAGAAAGUGACAGACCCGCUGCCACACCGCGAGAGGAAGAAGAAACAAGGCGAUGGCGGAAGCAUCUUCAUCGCCGCCUGCGGCCGAGUCGGCGGCAUCGAAGCAAAAUGGGAAAUCGAUCGCCGACAUUGCGGAGGAUGUCCAGCGGACGGUGUUGGAGUCCAGGGACUCCGCCAUUCAAACUGCUCGUUCUCUCCACCACAACUCCUCCACCCAUCUUCGCUCCCUCCAGGAAUUUCUGACAAACGCGAAAUCUCAGUAUCAUGCAUAUGAAGAUGCUUUCGUCAAUAAGGUCAAAGAUGAAGUCAUGAGUGCAAGGGAACAUCCUGGAACAACUGUUGGGGUUUCUGUUGCAGCUGCCCUCCUCCUCUUGCGGGGUCCUAGAAGGUUUCUCAUUCGUCAGACAUUUGGUCGACUUCAAAGUGAGGAGGCACAAUUUGUUCGAGCGGAGAAAAACGUGAAAGAUCUUAAUCUUUCUGUUGAUUUGAUGAAGAGAGAAAGUAGGAAGCUCUUAGAAAGGACAGCUCUAGCAGAAACAGAUAUGAAACGUGGCCUUACUGACCUAAAAAAUACAGGAAAUCAAAUCCAACGUCUUGCUAAAUCAAUUUACAAGGUUGAAUCGCAAGCAGGAGGUCUCAUGGAUGACCUACGUGAAAUUCCUGGUCGGGAGGCACUCAAACUUCGGGCUGAGGUUGCUUCAUUGGCAUCAAAUUUGAAGCAACAAAGAGUUGCAAUGGAGAAACGGAUAGUAAAGAUAUCUGAACUAGGUGUUGCUGUUUGAUUGUAGAGCAGCAUAAUGAGCAUCAGGAAAGUAUAUUGACAGAAAAAAAAAUCGUGUACCUGCCUUCUUUUCAACCAAUGCGAGAGCAGAUCAGUCAACGAGUUUUUCAAAGCUCGGAUUUUAUGUCCAAUAUGUUCUUCUGUCUUUAAUUUUUUGAUACCUAACUCUUACAUUGAUGCAUGAAAGACAAAUGAUUACACAAGGGUGAACAAUUCUUUGCGAUGGACUGAUGCCAAAGUUGGCUUGUCGCUUGUGGUCAUCAGGAACAAGUCGAUUGAUUGUAUUGCCGAUCAUCUGAAGCUUAGCCUUAUGCCCACAGUUUGCUCAUGGCUUGCAUAAAACAGGCUGAUGAGUCUUUGUCAUCCC